AUGAACAUCACCACCAGCUGUAACACUACAAACAUAACAGCAGUCAAUGCGUGGAAAGCCUGUGGAGCAAUAAUGCAACAGGAACUGGCCACAGAUCCCUUUGUAGAGUUCAGAAAGUUUGCCUUUGGUUCUGCCUUGUACAUGAUCAUAGUUGCCUUAAUAGCGAUUGUGGCUAACGCUCUCUUGCUCGUAGUAUUUCUCGUGGAUCCACUAAAGAUGCUAAGAUGUCCACCAUCGUACUUUCUUAUUGGCCUGGCCAUCAGUGAUUUACUAACUGCCUUGAUACUCUUACCAAUAUACUCUGGUUGUUUUAUAAUGAUGUACCUGCAAACUCCCCAAAGUGGUUUACUUCUUUGCGGUGACGUGCUUCUUCAUGUAGGUUUAACUCAGGGGGGAAUAGCGUUAACCAUUUCCUAUCUUGUUGUGUCUGCUUUCUCUUUCACCCAAUUAGUGGUUGUUUCGUCUCCACUGAAGUACGGGCGAAUGAUAUCUUCUAGAAAAAGUAUUAUUUGCGUGGUAGUUCUUUAUUUGUAUGCCAUAUUGUUCUGGUUGUCCGAAUUUUUCGGGGCUUCCACUGAUCUGCUUAAGAAAAUUGAUGUGUUUUUGCAUUCUUUGUUCAUCCUCUUUCUAACAAUCAUAUUUUAUACCCUGUUGCACUUCUCCUUCAAACGAAAAAUAGCUUCUUCUAGAAAUCUUUCAAACGAUACAAGUGUUCGAUCUGAGGAAAGCAGUCAAAACCGAAUACAGCGACAAUUUAUAACUGUCAACUUAAUUUUGAUUUCCAUACUCAUCAUUUGCUUGCUCCCUGGACUAGUGUUUUGGUUGGCGGUCGAGUUUUGGCUAGGAAAGCCGCUAACUCCAAAAAUGUUUAUCGUCAAUCUAAUGAUUGACAACACGAUGUAUUUGAAAAUCAUGUUGGAUCCAUUUGUUUACGCAUGGCGCUUACCAAAAUAUCGGGAAGCUCUAAAGAAAAUUUUCCCGGUGCUGAAGAAAUGUUACAGAAAACCAAAAUACGAGAGACGCCUAGAGGCAUCAGUAUUAAACCACUCAAGAGAAUUCGUCGUGACUUUGGAGAUAAAAAGGAUUUAA